AUGCCACGACAAAAUACCUUCACCGUGGUGCCCAACCCAUUGGGCAUGCAAGGCCUGAUUUCGCGCGACAAUGCUCCGGCCUCAAAACCCCAGGCGAUGACCUCCAAACAAGCAAAGAAGCUGUACAAGCAAGCCACAAAGCAACCGAGACUCUCCAAGGCCGAGCAGCGUCGCCUGGAGCUGGAGGAACAAGAACGAAUCCGCAAGGAACUCGACAAGCAGAAAUCGGCCAAUAAGGCGAGGAUUGCGAGAGAGAAAAAGAAGGCAAAGGAGUUGGCAGAGAUACAGGCGCGGAAGAAGAAGGGCUUACCGCUGGUGGAUGUCCAUCCGAGUCAGGACACGAUUUCGAGGUUCGUAAGGGUUGGCGUCGCUAAUACGGCUACAAAGAGGGAUUCGAGUGGAAAUGUCAAGGGCCCGGCUGUGGACCAGCAAAGCCGGACUGUUUCUCCGGAGAGAGACGAUUCGAAUAAGGAGAACAUACCGGAUGGUGGAGGGGUGAUAGAUGAGAGUCUGAGGAAGCGACCACGAUUGGACCAGGACAGUCAAUCUAACAGGCAAGAUGCGGUAACGAUACCCUGCAAGGAGAGCAUAUCGGGGGUGGAAGACACCACGAUCACCAACAAGGAGAACGUGCCAUGGGUGGAGGAUAGGACAGAGAGUACAAGCCAGCGGACCUCACAACCACGACGGUCAGGCAAGGAAGGAUCUCAGUCGCACGACAAGACCAAGACACGUACAGAAUCCAACACACAGAGGCUGGAGACUCCUGAGGAAGUUGUAAUGGUCUUGCCCAAACCAACAAGGUUACAGCCGGACAGGAAUCUGGAGGAUAUGGGGUUAAGUCGACCGCAAUCGGUGGAAGCCUUGCAACCGAGACGAUUAGAGAAUGCUCCUCUAAAGCUGGAUCCAGUUAAGAAGGUUGUCAAACCGUUACCGACUGGUAUGCGACCGAGGCCAAUUCUUGGGGUGACGGACGGGAAUCGGUCUACUCCGGCAAAACCGUCCAAGGAAACAGUGCCGCCACAAGGCUAUCAGAAGCUGGAGCACGUGAAUAAGGAAAAGGAGCAACAAUUACCAAAGGAGAGCUCACAACCAAAGCCCAAAGCCUCUACGCCGAACACGUCGGUGGUGCGUUCAGCUGUCGAAGCAUCCAAAGCAUUCCCGUCCCCGCAACCUCAUGUUUCCCCCAUACCACCACCACCACGACCUUCAAUGUCUGCCCGUCAGCCUUCAAAUGCCGCGAGACUGAAGCCUCCGGGAGCCCAGCAUCAGGUCACAGCUCCUGCCAACCCACCUGGGCCGUCGUCUACAACGGCCAAUCCCAACAAGUUCCCUUCCCCACACAGACCUAUGGGCCCUCCAGCAUUAGUACCACAACGUCCCUCGCCAGGUCCACCAAGCUUUAAGCGACCUAUGGUCAGACCUAGCAGCGGGGGUAUCCAGAAGCCCAAAUUCCUUCCGAGGAACUACCCUCAAGCGUCGGCUUCGAGAUCAUCGCUCUCCAGCAUCAUUGGCAAGCCGGCGGUCUCAACCAAUAAUACACCACCAACAAGCACACAGUUAUUCGUCAUGUCGCACCUCGACGACCUUCUCCCCAGUCCAUCUCAAGAGCUUCGGGAGCUGGAGGAGGAUACUGGGUCCACGGCCACAUCGCGCCCGCCAGUCUUCAAAUCCCAGUCUGACAAGCAAGGACAAGCCCCUGCGGUUGUUCCCAAGUCCUCUUUGGCACCAGGACCGAAAAGAUUUACCCGCCAGACGUCACAUGUACAAAUCGCACCUUCACGACCUCGAAUACAAGAAGUGAAGCCUGUUGAAGAUGACAUCUUUCCUUUUCUGUCCACUCAGGACUUGCUCUUUUCAUCACAGGACAUACGGGAGCUGGAAAGCGACACGCCCACCAAGGUUGAUAACCGAAAGGACAACUUUCAGCAUCCAUUGAAGCCAUCACCCAAGACUGCCUUUUCGUCGCCCUCGAUUGUAACUGUCAAGGAAACUCAUCCAUAUCAAACGGCGACCACGACACCAGCCCCGAAACCUGUUCCGGGUCUUGCCUCUUCGAAACAGAUGACAAGUGUACCUGCUCUUUCGAGGCAAAGCUCAAUUGGUUCGGUGACAUCGAAUCCUCAGGCGACCUCCACAGCGUACAAAGCCCAACGCCCAUCCAUCCCAGCGUCUAUCAUGCUAGACCCGAAGACGGCAUCAGCAUUAGCAUCCCAGAAACAGGCGGAAGCGAUAUCUCCUCCCUCCAACCCAAGCCAGAGGCCCCGGGCUUCAGCGAACUCAUCUCCUAAACUAAGCCCGGCCAUUGGUGACGAUCAACAAGCGGAAGUUCCCAACCCAAGCUUGCCCACAGCGGCAGCCGCGACUCCUCCCACCCCUAAACCCGCCCCUCGGCCUCGAUCGCCGUCGCCUCAACGGUUCUUUGGCUCCAGUGGCGUAGGCAUUCAAAUCUUACUAGCCAUGGCAGAAAGCGAAAAGACGUUUCGGGAGGACGAAGAACGGCGGCAGGAAAAGGCGCGUCGUGAACAGCUGAUGAUGGAGAGGCGCAAGAAGGCAGCCGAAGAAAGAGCCAAAAAGGCGGCGGAAGAGAAACGUAAAAGGGCAGCCGAGGAGAGAGCGGCGGUGAUGGAAAGGCUGAGGCGCCAGGGUGAGGAAAUUGCACAGUUGAAGAUACCGUCGGCGAGGAGGACAGAAUCACCGGCAGUGGCGCCGGAGCAGAGGCCUGCAGCGACUCAGGCGAAGCAGCUCCCAGGGCAAAGUAUUAAGCAGCUCAUUCCUUCGAUUAGCAAGGUGAAGAGGUCAAUAUCGGGGUGGGUGCCGCCGCAAAGGACUAGCGUGGUUAAGCCGGUCAUUGAAGCGAACCCUCCACAACAGCCGUCGUUGUCAAAGUCCAACGUUCAGGCACAGCAUUUGGCCGAACAAAAGUCGCUGGUACCCUCCAAGACUACUCCAAUGGCAACGCCAAAUCCUAGUAUGCAAGCGCAAGAUCAGAUAUCGCAGAUCUUGGAGGUGUCACCUGCGCCAUCUCAAGGAACGGACUAUGGCGAUGCAGACCUGGAUGCGCUAGGUGAGUUGGGAGGCAUGGGACUGACGCAGUUUUUGGGUCCAGAGAAGGAUCUUUCGUGGCUUGAUGACGAUGAUGAUUUCUGAAUUAGAGCUGAAGAGGUGUGCAAACACUUGUCAAAGUAUCAAGCGACUGGCUUAUUGUUA